AUGGAUGGGAGGGACCGGGAGCUCUUAUUAAGGAAGAGCAGCUCGCAGCCAGCCCAGCCAGGCUCAGCAGCGCAGCCAGGACAGCUGGUUCCUUCCCCACCGAUGGCCAGCCUCGGCAUGACCAACAGUAGCUCGGAGGCGGCGGGGUACCGGAGCCUGGACGCCUCCCCGGCGCGCCUCCUGCAGCCUCUCUGGGACAUGGUCAAGGCCAGAGAGGGGCUGAUCCAGUCCCCCUUCUUCCCAGUGCUCUUCUCCGGCACCACCUACAUGGCCUUCUGCCUCCCCUUCAUCGUGCUGGACUUUGUGGGCUCCGGGCUGCCGGCCCUGCGCAGGUACAAGAUCCACCCCAACUUCUACCCGUCGGCGGGGCAGGUGCUGCCCUGCCUGCUGCACACGCUCUACCAGCACGUGGUGUUCAUCUUCCCGGUGACCGUCCUCCACUGGCACUGGGGCCCCCUGAGCUGGCCGGCGGCGGCCCCCGGCCUCUGGGAGCUCCUCUACCACGUGACCGUGUGCCUGCUGCUCUUCGAUGCCGAGUACUUCGCGUGGCACGUGCUGCACCACAAGGUGCCCUGGCUCUACCAGACCUUCCACAAGGUGCACCACAAGAACACGUCGCCCUUCGCCCUGGCCACGCAGUACCUGAGCGUCUGGGAGCUCUCCUCCCUGGGCUUCUUCAACUGCCUGAACCCCACGCUGCUCGGCUGCCACCCCCUCACCACCAUGACCUUCAACGUGCUCAACAUCUGGCUGUCCGUGGAAGACCACUGCGGCUACGACUUCCCCUGGUCCACGCACCGGCUCGUGCCCUACGGCUGGUUCGGCGGGGUGUCCCACCACGACAUGCACCACCGCAAGACCAACUGUAACUACGCCCCCUACUUCACCCACUGGGAUAAGCUGCUGGGGACUCUGAGCUCGGGCCCCUCGGCAGGGGGCCCCCCAACCCCAGCUCCCUGGAACUGA